UCAUUAUCAUCCAUAGCUACAGGGAGAAUUGACUGGGUUGCUCAAAUAGUACUGUGACGACAUGCAAGUAGGUAAGUGAUUUAUAAGAAGACCACAGAGCUGCUGUGCCCCAUUGCAAAAAGAAUCUGAAGAAGGUGAUGGACAUGUUAAAAGGCUCUCUAUUUGAAUUACUUGGUACUUUUGCUCUUAUAUUUCUCGUUCAUGCCCAGGAUCAAUCAGGCUUUAUAAGCAUAGAUUGUGGGAUAUCAGAAGAUUCCAGCUAUACCGAUCAGGUGACUGGUAUAUAUUACACUUCAGAUGCAACCUUCAUUGAUACUGGUAUAAGUAACAGUAUAUCACCUGAAUUCAAGACCAAUAGCCUUCCACAGCAGCUUUGGAAUGUCAGAAGCUUCCCUGAAGGAAUUAAUAACUGUUACACCCUAAGACCUGCAAGAGGCAGAGGUAAUAAAUAUUUGAUCAGAGCACAGUUCAUGUAUGGAAAUUACGAUGCCAAAAAUCAGCUACCAGAAUUUGAUCUGAUUCUUGGAGUAAAUAUGUUGGAGUCAGUGCAAUUGGAUAAUGCAUCCAGUGUCAUAAGCAAGGAGAUCAUACAUGUCUUGUCAUCAGAUUAUAUCUAUGUAUGUCUUGUAAAUACUGACUCUGGAAUACCUUUUAUAUCAGCAUUAGAGUUAAGGUUAUUGGAUAAUUCCAUGUAUGAAACUCAAUCAGGAUCACUAGUACGCUAUGCAAGGUGGGAUUUUGGUUCACCCUAUGAAUUAAUAAGGUUUAAAGAUGAUAACUGUGAUCGCUUUUGGUUCCCAUACAACUCGGGUGAAUGGAAAAUGUUAAAUACCUCGCGUACUAUUGACACUGAUGAUGACAACAAACUUCAACUAACAUCUAUUGUCAUGAGCACUGCCGUCAAACCACUAAACACGAUGGAACCUUUGAAGUUCUCCUGGGAGUCCACUGAUCCGACUUCUAAAUUUUACAUCUAUUUGUACUUUGCUGAAGUGGAGGAACUCCAAUUAAAUGAGUCCAGAGAGUUUAACAUCUUUCUGAAUGGAAAUUUAUGGCAUGGACCACUUACUCCUGAAAGUUUUGAAGCAACUGCAAUGUACAGAAUUUCAUCCAGCAUCAGUGAAAAGUUUGAGUUUUCAAUCUAUAAAACCAAUAGUUCAACACUUCCCCCCAUCAUCAAUGCUCUCGAAGUUUAUCUAGUAAAACAACUCCUGCAAUCACAAACAGACCAAAAAGAUGUUGAUGCCAUCAUGAAUAUCAAAUCAUUGUAUGGAGUGAAGAAAAACUGGCAGGGAGAUCCUUGUGCGCCUGAAAAUUACUCAUGGGAGGGCCUUAACUGCAGCUACAAUGACUACAAUCCCCCCAGGAUCAUAUCCUUGAACUUGUCCUCAAGCAGAUUGACUGGGAACAUAACUCCUUAUAUAUCUAACCUCACACUCUUACAGUCUUUGGACUUAUCACAAAAUGGCUUGAAUGGACCAAUACCUGAUUUUCUAUCUCAACUGCCACUCUUGAGGUCCCUAAACUUAACAGGAAACAAGCUCACAGGAUCAGUUCCCGUUGAACUCAUUGAAAGAUAUAAGAAUGGAUCACUGUUGUUGAGUGUGAAGAGCAAUCCAGAACUUUGUUGGCCAGGCUCAUGCAAAAAGAAGAACAAGUUUGUUGUUCCAGUAGUGGUAUCAGUUACUGCAGCAUUCAUUUUCUUAACUACACUGGCUACCUUCUGGUGGAUUAGAAGAGGAAGACAAGAAGUUGGGAAGGUAGAGGAGAUGGAUGCUGAGAUGGACUCAAACAAACGCCAGUUUACAUAUUCUGAGGUCCUGACUAUUACCAACAACCUUGAGAAGGUUGUUGGAAAAGGAGGAUUUGGAACUGUUUACUAUGGUCAUCUAGAUGGAAUUCAAGUUGCUGUGAAGAUGCUCUCUCAAUCAUCAAUUCAAGGAUAUAAGCAAUUUCAGGCUGAGGUAAAACAUCUUAUGAGAGUUCAUCACAGAAAUGUGACUUCUCUUAUUGGAUAUUGCAAUGAUGGCUAUCACAUGGGGCUCAUAUAUGAGUACAUGGUUAAUGGAGACUUAAAAAGGCAUCUAUCGGAUAAUUACUUUAUGAUGCCAAGUGUCUUGAGUUGGGAAGAGAGACUACGAAUAGCAACAGAUGCAGCACAAGGACUGGACUAUCUGCAUGAUGGUUGUAAGCCAUCCAUCAUCCAUAGAGAUAUAAAGUCUACCAACAUCUUAUUGAAUGAAAGAUUCCAGGCCAAACUAGCUGAUUUUGGGCUGUCCAGAGCUUUUCCAAUUGAAGGUAGCAGUCACGUGUCAACAGCCGUUGUUGGCACCCCUGGCUACCUUGAUCCUGAAGUAUAUAAUGCAAUCAGGUUGACGGAGAAGAGUGAUGUUUUUAGCUUUGGAGUUGUUCUCUUGGAGAUUAUCACAAGCCAACCUGCAAUUUCAAAGGACCGUGAGAAGACUCACAUAAUUGAAUGGGUUAGUUGCAUGCUUGCAAAUGGGGAUAUUAAGAAUACUGUUGAUCCAAGGUUACAGGGAGAAUUUGACAUCAAUUCUGCCUGGAAAGCUGUGGAAGUGGCCAUGUGUUGCGUGUCUCCCACUUCAACAGAAAGGCCAGCCAUGCACUAUGUAGUGAUGGAACUAAAGCAGUGUUUGGAAAUGGAGGCAUCUCAGAAGGAGGGUCAUGAGCCUGAAUCAAAAGAUUCAAUUGGAAUAACCACUGAGGAUCAGAGCACUGAAAUUAUCCCCCUAGCACGGUAG